AUGGCUGAAGCACCAAACUAUUGUCCCGUCUAUGCCCCAGUAUUCGGUGCCUUAGGAUGUACUUCUGCUAUUGUUUUUACCUGUUUUGGAGCAGCAUAUGGCACAGCAAAAGCUGGUGUAGGGUUAUCGGCUAUGGGUGUCUUACGUCCUGAUUUGGUUAUGAAAGCCAUUGUACCAAUUGUUAUGGCUGGUAUUAUUGGUAUUUAUGGGCUGGUCGUAUCUGUCUUAAUUUCUGAUGGUCUCAAACAAGAAAUGGCUUUAUUUACUGGAUUUAUUCAACUUGGAGCCGGACUAAGUGUCGGUCUUGCUGGUCUUGCAGCUGGAUUUGCCAUUGGUGUAGUUGGUGACGCUGGUGUGCGUGCUACCGCACAACAACCCAGAUUAUUCGUUGGUAUGAUUCUUAUUCUCAUUUUCGCCGAAGUAUUAGGUCUUUACGGUUUAAUUGUGGGUCUUAUUUUAAAUACCAAAGCAAGUGGCGGACUUUUAUCACCAUUAGCAGAGCAAUUUGUAAUGUCAUUACUACAUCACUUUUAUAAAGUAAAUUUGGAAAUCAUCAAAUUAAGUAUAAUGACAAUAGAUCAAUACGGGGAUAAUAGUGAAUUUCGAGAACGUUUUCGGUUUAACAAGGAAGAAACGUCGAUAGAAUAUUAUUAUCCAGCUAAUCUUGCAACUAUGUUAUCAUCGCCCGUAGUAUUGUUGAAACCAAUUUCUAUUCAGAAAAAUCUUUCUUGCAGAACCAAUUCUAUAACGAUGCAUGAAAAUAAUACUAAGAGAGUAUUCUUAGAAAUUGAGGACGAUGAGAACGCUUCGAAACAGCGAAUCGCUAGCCUGAUAAAUGACUGUGGGGAAAACGUUACAAAGGAUAUAACCAAGAGCGAAUUAAAGACAUUUCCAUUGAAACGUUCGGAAGAUUUGAUAUCAAGGAUCUCCGAUUUUUUGCCAAAAAUUGCUUCAGAUAAUAAAGAACUUGUAAAAAAAGUUGCCAAAGAUAUUAAUAUUGAAGAAGUUGAAGGCACGGAAAGGAUCAUUGAGAUGAACUUGGGAUUAGGCGUAUUCGAACAAAUAAAAGUACCUUCAGAGUGCGAUAUUAUAAUGGAUCCAAAAGGGGCAACUUCUAAUAAUUCAACUAAACCAAAAAUAAUAAUGAUGGAUAAUGGAACUAGCAAUAUAGAGGCAAUAAAUGAAUUGUUCAUGAAAGACGUCAAGUCAUAUAAAAAAACUAAAAGAUCCAAAUCACCAUUAAUUUUUAAGGAUGAUGAUGAAGACCAAGAAUUUUCUAAUAUAAUAAUGAAUUCACAUUCAUUAGAUCAUAAGAAACCCAACAUCAUCGUCCUUGAUAAUAAUCAAAUUAGUGAUGAUUAG